CCUGCCUGUGACUUUGAAACAUGGCUGCCUACAGAGAUACAACAUAACAUCGGCACACACGUCUUCACCGUUUAUUUAUACGGGAUUGUGCAGCGUAUUUUUACAGAGAUUGAAUGAAGAGGCCGAGCGGACAUGUCAGAGAAAGAAUCGGCUAAAGGGAAGGAGGCUUCUGGGGAGAAAGGCUUCAGGACUCCCGGGCUGAGAGGAGCUAAUACAACCACACUGUUUAGAGCUGUGAACCCUGAACUCUUCAUUAAACCCAACAAACCAGUGAUGGCGUUUGGACUGGUGACCAUCACUCUGUGUGUGGGAUACCUGGGCUACAUGCACGCCAUGAAGGAAAACGACCAGCAACUUUAUGAGGCUGUGGACAGCCAGGGAGAGAGAUACAUGAGGAGGAAGACUUCGAAAUGGGACUGAGGAUAAAACACACUCUGAAGGAGUGCUUGUUUGUGUGUUAAUUUGUCAUAUGGGACUGAGUGAGAUAAGAUCAGACUGGAGAAAACUUUUUUCAUGUGUAAUCAUCUGUAAAAAUGUGCAGUUAAAAGAAACAAGACAUUUUUAAGUCA